GGAUUCCAAAAAACCCGCUACGAAACUGCCACAAUAUUUUGUGGAUUUUGCCAGCCAUAGCAAUGUCUACAACAUCAAGUACAGAAACAGGCUGGCUGUGGACACCACUAAAUACUUGAACAUCCAAUCCGAUGAAUGGCGCACUAAGACGGGUAAACUGGUGCGCAAGUUCCAGAAGAGCGCUCUCGACCUCGCGUACAUUCACCACCAUCAGAAAGCAAUGUUCACUGCUAUUAUUGUGAUACUGAAGAAGCUGUUGGACGUUGCACAAGCAAUGGAAAAGUACCACAUGGAAAGCAUUGCAACUCUUUUGGCUUCCUGUCCGCCAGACAGUAUGCCAUCGUCUGAUGAGGGCUACUGGAUCGAUGAAAUAUCAAAUUACCCAUCACACAACUCGCAGAAAAUCACACGCAUCAUCGCUGACAACAAAAAGAAACAAGACGAAACGAAAUUGCUGGAGAAAAAUUCGCGAACUCACAUUGGAACGACCAGUGAACUUGUGCCUACCGCUCAGCUGUUGCAAAGCGAGCUUACGGCAAGAACCAAGGCGUACAAAUCCUUGUGGAAACAACUGACUGAGCUGUCAAACACGGUAUCAAUGUAUAACGACAAAAUUAAGGAACACUGCCUCUCCCUGAUAAAUGGCUUUGAACAUCUCAAAUCAAAGCUAAACAUUGAGAAGAUGACCAUUGCCCAGGAAGCGUUUUUUCCCAUUGUCCAAGAAAUGUCCACUGUUAGCACCCUCAUCGCUGACCGAUACCUGACCCAGUCUGAGAAUGGACGUGAUGUCACCGCUGCUUUGAACAAACUGGAUAUUGCCAUAAACCUGGCUAAGAAUGCGCUGCAUGGUGACCAUCCGGAAGUCCGUGAUGACCCGCGCGUGGAUGACGUAGGAGAAAGCGAUUCAGAAAUGAGCGCCUCGGACGAUGACUAA